AUGCCGCGUAUUUCAAACUAUCUUCGAUUUUGUUUGUUAAUUCUUCCUAUUUUACUAUUAUUUAUUUUUUAUGAAUUAAUAUCGAAUAAAACAAAUAUUAAUAUUGAACCUAGAGAUAAUUAUAGUUAUUGUCUUCUUGAUGUUCAUCAAGCAUUAGAAUCAUUAUCGAUUCCAUGGUUUAUUACAUUUGGUAGUGCACUUAUGUAUUGGCGUUCAAAAAAUUUUAUUUCAACUGAUAUGGAUAUUGGAAUUUUUUAUAAAGAUUUAAAAGAAAAAUCUAUUAAUGAAAAAAAAUUUAUAUCAAUUAUGACAAAUAAAUUUCAUUUUAAAUAUCAUUAUCAUUAUGGUCGAAUAGAUCAUGGACAAGAAUGGAGAUUUUCAUGUCCAAUAACACAUAUUCCUAUUGAUAUAUUUGUUUAUUAUUCUUUAGAUGAAUUAAAUAAAACAUCUGAUUAUUGGGCAGCAACAUAUAAUGGUUUAUGUAAUAAAAUGAUUUAUAAAAAAUGUCGAUGGAAAUUUAAAAAAUUUCAUUUAAUAACAUUUAAAAUGUUUAAAAAAAAAUUUUAUAUUGUUCCAGUUGAAUUUAUUGAAGAACGAUAUGGAAAAAAUUAUACAACACCACAUAAAUAUGGUUAUUUUGAAUCAUUACAACUUUUACCAAAUUUAAUUCAAGAAUAUAAUAUUAAUACAACAAGUAGUAAACCAAAGUAA